AAAGAAUGCAUGGGUUCGCAGUGUGAAUUGCAGUUCGUAUGAGGCUGUUUAUGUGGAAGUUGCGUUCCUGAAACACUACCUUUGAAUAAGGCUAUCAUUGGUCGCCUCACCUUAGUUCCAUUGAGUAUAUAGCGCUAGAUUUAUGUUGUACGUUACGUCUCGUGGUUGGUAGCUGAAACGCUUUUUUUCUGCAAGACGUGACAAGAAGUAGUAUUUUUAAAAUUGAGAAAACUGGAAAUACAUUAUAUUAUUUAGUGCUUUCAAGCGAAACAAGAUUUUGCAUAGAAAAGGCAUGAUAAGUUAUCUAUUUAAUUACCAAAGAAAUUUCUCCUAGUCCAUACAUGGACAAAGUACCCACUAGAUUCUUAACACAUUGAACCCUGAAACUUAGGAAGAGUAUAUAUACAAGUAGAGAACAAAUGUGUUGUCGCUGCAACCUAUUGCAUAAGAGGACAGAAUAGUCGAGUAGAGGUUAUUAAACAGUUUUAUGGUCUUGACUGAUGUCUACAUCCUAUUCAGGCUGGGGUUUAACUACCCAAUGACAUGAUCUUCCAGUUUUCAGUCAGUUGGUCCAAUAUUUGAAUCCUUAUCCACCAACUUCAACCCAGGCAACCAUGUAGUAUCGUUAGCGUCCACAAAAUAAAUGUGGCUCAUGAUCUAGCGCAUAGAUAUGUCCUGCUUGGUUGUUUAAACAACUUUAGUGAUGAGCAUGUAUCUGUUAACUGAAACUCUUGCCCAUUGCUUCAUCUGCCUCUUAUAACGACUUUUUGAAGUUCCAUCCCACCGGUGAUAUCGUCCUCUUCAGGAUCAGAUCUCCCUGUGCUCCUGGAAGUGUGAGUGGUUGUCUUUUCCAGGUUGCCCACCUCACGGAAGUUGAUUUUUUCUUGGGGCACCAGAAACAAAAUUAGCGUUGCUUGACCGCAGAGCACAGGGGACAACUGCUUGAAGCCGAUGAUAUGCGGCCUGUUUGAUUUGGUUUUUAUGGAUGUUUCCGUACUAAUAACUUACCGCCGACUACGAACCAUGGUAGGUUGAGUCGGGAUGUACGAUUUUCGGGGUCAACCUUUUCCAAACCUCCCUGGGAGAAACACCUUACUACCGUUACACCUCUGUUACCCAGCAGUACGACUUUACCGACAGACACAAAAUAGUGUAAACAUAUUACACUAUGUCGGUAACUGCUCAGUCUGAUUGCUAUCCUAACAACCUUUCUGGUAUGAUAGAACCUUCCGAGAUUCUGCUUCCAACCAGUGUAGCUUGUUGGGUCAUUGCAGUAUGCAGUGUCUUUGAUUAAAUAGGGAGUGAGGUGGUAAAGCGUGUUGAUCACUUCACUUAUUUUGGAAUUUUCAUCGGCCUCAACGGGUUGAUCACCGACGAAAUAUCAUCUCGAGUACAGAAGGCACGUGUGACUUAUGCCAGUUUACGCCGUCUCUGGCGUAGACUUAAUAUCCGGGCAUCGACCAAAGGGCUUGCGUCCUGCUCCACAUUUCCCUCUAUACUCCUCUAUAGCUGCGAGACCUGGCAAUUGAGAGUGGAGGAUAUGAAAAGGCUAGUUAUCUUUGAUCAUAGGUGCCUGCGUUCUAUCUCCCGUGUUAAGUGAGGGUGAGCAAUAUUGAGGUUAGGUGUCAAGUGCUAGGUAAGGACGCAAAACCAAUCGAUGAGGCUAUGAAGUUACAUCGAUUGGGAUGGUUAGGACAUGUGAUAAGCAUGCCAAACCACCAUCGCCUUCCUCGACCAACGGGCAAUGCUAGCUGACAUAAGAUCAGGUUGGAGAAUAGUUAGCUAGUGAUAGCCAAACCAAGACAUGGCUUCAUCAGUCAAUGAAAUCCACAACUGUCAGUUCAAACCACGUAGGAAGGUGUGGACUUCCCGGCUGUUUGGAGUCUUCGGGACUGUAAACACCAAUGGCUGGAGACAAUUCGUGUUAUGGCUCAAAAUCCUUCUCAAUGGCUAGCGCAGAUGCAUUCACUCUUUGUGAUUUAUCAUAUCCGAUAAGACUGUUGUUCUUCGAUAUUACUAUUCUUUUUGCCUGAUAUUUCUGUUUGUUAUCUCUCUUUACUGUCUUCACUUGCUUUGUGUGCUACACUACAUGGAAUGUGACAACUCGAACUGGUGCACAUCUGUGCAAAGUUCUGUGUGGAAACCAGUCAAUCAGCUGUUUUUGAUUAUAAGUGUUUGGAUUUUAUCUUCCAUGUUAGGUGGUUAAUAGGGUGAAUAAUAUCUAUGAUGGGCGUUGAUUGUUAGGUGAGAAGGGAAAAUCUAUCGAUGAGGUUGUGAAGCUACAUCGAUUGAAAUGGCCAGAACGUGUGGUACUCAUGCUUACCCGUCACCUUCCUCGACGGGCAUAUUUAGCUGCCAUCGGAUCAAGUUGGGAAAGAGCUGGUGGUUAUCGAACCAAAACUUGCAAUCAGUCCAUGAAAUCUUUAACAUUUAGUCUGAGCCGCGUAGGACGGUGUAGGCUUCCUGGCUGGAGUCCUUGGGAUGAUAAUAACAAAUAGCUUGAGACAAUUGGUGUAACUCAAAAUCGUUUUCAAUGGCACAAACGUUUUCACUAUGUGGUCUACCAUAUCUAAUUAAAGCCUAUCGUUUUUUCCAGUUGCUAUUCUUUCCUUCACCAUACAUUUCUCCUCCUUAUAACUUCUUAAAGUUUUUUUCUCUACUUUUGUAUGCUACAUGGAGUGUGGUGAGUUGAACGGUGGUACUUCUAUGCAAUGUUCUCUGUUGAAACCAGUCUGUCAGCCAACAGCGUUCACUCAUGUUUCAAAUCGUUUCCCUAGAGAGUAUAUUGCUUGCGCUUUCACUGACUGCCAUUGUCAGCAGUCUUAAAGAAGACUCAUCUGACAUAUAAUUAGUUGUUACUCAUAUUCAAAGCCCUCCGGGAUCAUUAUUCUUGUUAAUCAGUUUGGUUGAAACUGUAUAAAACAAGUACCAUUUUUUAUCUUAUUGCUGUUUAACCAAACUUUCUGGCGAAGUCAUAGCUGCUAAUCCAUUUGAGUACACACGUGCUUUGAUUAUCAGUCGGUUACCAUAUUUACGUCAGAGAUGACGAAAGUUGACAAAUGACACAUAUCCUUUUUUCGCGCUGAGAUUUUUUCAGCCUUCAGUCCAUUAAGGCUGGAGCAACCUCCUAAAUAUUUAAAGUGAUUAUGAACACAAAGAGGUCUCUUUUCCUAACUUCGCAGCUAUACAGUUUAGGGGGUUUAUAAAUACAAUAUUAAUUUACAACAAAUGUCAUGAUUCUGCUUAGCUCGGUACUACUUGCAAACUUUGAACUGAUUGUUUGUGGAUUGGAAGAUAUGGGACUCAAGAUACGCUAAAAAGCAAUCAAUAAUUCUAGAAAUCAAAGAAUACCACACGUCCUCCGAGCGCUUUACAGUUGCCUUUUGAUUAGUUACUUCAUAACAUAACGUAUAUCGUGAUACUUAAACAAUGGCCAAAAGUAUGAGAAGCAAGUCGAAGCGUCGGUUUCGAGCGAUAAAACGCAAAAGAAGCUUCAAAAAACUGAAAGAACACUUGUUGGAGCUGACCAAAAGUGACGAUAACAAAGUGCCUUCGGAACAAGAGGAAAACUGUAUUGAAAUGCAAAGUGUUCCAAAAAAGCUACCAAAAAUAUUAUGCAAUGAACAUGGAACCUAUCCAGUUUGGCUUAGCAAAAAGGAGCGUAAAACACAAAUCAGACUAAAAAGGCUUCAAAAAAAAAACUCACGGUCUAAAAAGUGCAAACUGUAAAUAAAUGUUUCCUCUGCUUAUUUUAUCUUUAAAAAUAU